GAGCGCAUUCUUAUUAUUUCAUCAAGCGUUCCGAUUCGAAGAGAAUGAUGUUGGAAACACGCUCCGCGACUUACAAAAUGAUGAAAGAAGAAGCCAAUGAUGAGAGGCAGAUAACCGAUUGGCCACCACCAUUUUCAUCUGAGACCACACCAUAUAACGAGAAUGAUUUCGGCACUUUGAUUAGACGGACUUGCGAGAACAAGAGCUUGACUCUCCGAAUUUCUAAGGUGAUCGUCAUAGGCGAUGUCGCCGUCGGCAAGACAUCGUUGGUGAACCGCUUCUGCCACAGACUCUUCGACAACAAUUACAAGGCCACUAUCGGCGUGGAUUUCGAGGUGGAGAGAUUCGACAUCCUUGGCGUACCUUUCCAUUUGCAAAUAUGGGAUACUGCGGGUCAGGAAAGGUUCAAGUGCAUAGCGGCGUCUUAUUAUCGCGGUGCUAAUGUAAUCAUGAUCGUUUUCGAUUUGGGAAACUUGAUGUCGUUAAUGCAUUGCCAGCAAUGGUUGAAUGAGGCAAGUCGCAGCAACAUUGGUCCUUAUCAUAUUUUUCUAGUCGGCACUAAAAAAGAUCUAUUAACUCAUCCAGUAUACGAAAUAAUCGAAAAACGGGCGAUUGAAGCAGCGAAGAGAAUGCGAGCGGAAUAUUGGGCGGUCUCGUCGAGAACGGGUAACGGGGUGUUCGAAUUGUUUACACGAGUCGCUGCGCUCUCCUUUCAUACAAUGGUCUUGCGUGAAAUGCAAAGUUUGAAGCUCGAGCCGAUCAACAUCGGUUCGGCGAUGAUAAGUUUGAAAAAACACUCGAAGACCGAGAUGAAGCGACAAAGAAUGCCAAAGUGCUCCAAAUGUCCGACAUGA